AUGACGUCGCUCGCAUUGCCAUUGGCAUUUCUCGCGCUCCUCGUCGCGUUCACGACGUCGACGUCAAUCGCGUUGACGAGAUCGAUGACAAAUACGACAAAAAGGAGCGUUGUCGAUGGAAGAGAGACCGCUAUCGCGUUCCUACGCAAGUACGGUUACCUAGAGGACAACGUAGAUAACUCAUUGAUUUCCGAGGGCGCGUUGAAUCACGCUGUCUCGCUUUUUCAAGAAUUCUACAAUCUACUCACAAAUGGUGAAUUAAACAUGGAAACGAUGCGCACAAUGAACAGACCGCGUUGUGGAGUUCGAGACAUCCAGACGCGUUACUCGAACAAGGAGUACAUACACAAGUGGCCGACUACUCAUCUCACAUGGAACUUUUUGUUUGCUUCUAGAGCGAAUCUACAAAUAGCGGAGGCUGCGUUUGCUCUGUGGGCAGCGAAUUCAUCGCUGACUUUUACACGCAGCGUGCACAAUCCUAACAUAGUGAUUUCAUAUAAAGGUGGACGGCACACUAUGUGA